GCGGCGGCGUUUGAAUGGCUGUGAGUGGGGCCCGGCUCGGGAUCCCGGGGACGCUCCGAGCUGUCCCGGCGCGGUUCGUCAGCACAGUGGCUGGGCUGAGGCGCUGCGGUACCAUGAGGCGCCGGACAUUUGGGGAUGUGAAACUCUUGAGGAGGGGUGAUACUGUCAAUCUACUGACCACAGGCUGGAGUACCUAUAAAUAUGUUACAACCACACAGCUCCUCAUAAGAAACAGCUACCCUAGGAUGCAAGCCUGAUAAAUCUGAGUUUGAUCCUGGAGUCCACAUUGUAAAGAAAGCCCCCGAAGGGCACUUAAGAGAUUAUGGCAUCUGACACCCACCAUGUUAAAAAACGAAACUUCUCUAAUAGUAUUGAGGAUCAUCCCAUUGAUCUUCCUAGAAAGAGGAUCUCUAAUUUCACUAGUAAGAACAUGAAGGAGGUUAAGAAAUCUCCAAAACAGUUGGCUGCUUACAUAAGUAGAACAGUUGGACAAGCUGUGAAAAGCCCAGAUAAACUGCGCAAGGUGCUCUAUCACAAAAAGUUAGUUCGUCAUCCCUUUCCAAAUCCUUGUUACAGAACUAAGCAGUCCCCUAAAAGUGGGGGCUGUGACAUGGCAAAUAAAGAAAAUGAACUGGCUUGUGCAGGCCAUCUGCCCGAAAAUUUGCGCCAUGAUAGUCGAACAUUUGUAGUUAAUGCCAGUGAUUCUGGGUCUUCACAGACAGAAAGCCCAUCGUCAAAAUAUAGUGGUUUCUUUUCUGAGGUUUCUCAGGACCACGAGACAAUGGCUCAAGUUCUGUUCAGCAGGAAUUUGAGAUUGAAUGUAGCUUUGACUUUCUGGAGAAAGAGAAGUAUAAGUGAACUUGUAGCUUAUUUAGUGAGGAUAGAAGACCUUGGAGUUGUGGUAGAUUGCCUUCCUGUUCUAACCAAUAGUUUACAGGAAGAAAAGCAAUAUAUUUCACUUGGCUGCUGUGUAGACUUACUGCCUCUAGUAAAAUCUCUACUUCAAAGCAAAUUUGAAGAAUAUGUAAUAGUUGGCUUAAACUGGCUUCAAGCAGUAAUAAAAAGGUGGUGGUCAGAACUCUCAUCUAAAUCAGAAAUUACAAGUGAUGGAAAUAUUAAGAUUUUAAAGCAGCAGUUGAAUGGAUUAUGGGAACAGGAAAACCAUCUUACUUUGGUUCCAGGAUAUACUGGUAAUAUAGCUAAGGACGUAGAUGCUUAUUUAUUACAGUUGCAUUGAGAGAUUUCAUCUUCUAAAGAGUAUUUGGCUAUUCAAACAGUGCUGGAUUAUAUGAUUUCCAGAAGUAGGUCUCUCCUGAGAACUGUGAACUGUGGAAGAAAUAAAACCAAUUUUUUUCUUUUAAAAAGCCACAUAAUAAAACCACUAAUGAAAUCCUAACAAUCUACUUCACAUUGAAGUGGAAAUAUCCGGAAGGAGCAGCUUCAGCUUCAAUGAGGUGAAAGUGCACUAUGAAGACUGUUCGCCUUUGCUGCACACAGAUCUCUAUGGCCGUUUGGUAGCGUUGCCUAAGAACUGCUAGGUCUUAUCUCAAUCCUGCAUAAGAAUAUCAUUUAUAGUAUACGAAAGCAAGACAGGACUUCUUACCAGGAACUAUAAAGACCAAUCAUUAAUUUUAUUGUGUUUUAUGAAGAAACACUUAAAUGUGUGCAGCUAUUUUCUUCUGUUGAAAAGACUUCGAAAGUUUAAAACAUUAUAGUAAGUAAUAUUAAAUUUUUUUGUCCACGCUGAUACCGUGUACAAAUGCCUUAAUUAUUGAUAAGCCAAUGUGUUAUAAUACCAAUAUCUCUUUUUAAAAAUUAAAAGCAACCAUGCUCUGGCAUGAUAAAAUCAUGGAAUUAAAUCAGGGGUUUACAUUCAUGUAGAAUGUUGUUGUUGAAAUAUAUUCUACACCAUUUUUUAAACUUGAGAAAUUUUUAGCAUCUCUGAUUUUUUUUUUGCCAGAAUCUUCAUGUUAUGUUUGUAUGUAUGUGUUAUCCUUAUAUAAAGAAAAAGGUGAAUAUGUAUUUGAAUGUUUAACUGAAAAUGUUCUUGGAGUUGGCUAAUUUAUAUUCACUUUUUAUUGUAUAUGGAUUUCUAAUAUUUUUCAUUUCUGUAACAUUUAAACUUCAUUUGAGUAAAUUUACUAAAUAUUUCUAUUUUUUGCUUUUUUCAAUUCUAAUUUUAUAUGAAAUCUAAUUCUUUUUCACUACAUGUGUUCUGAAAGGUUACAUACAUAUUUCAGAAUUGUUUACAGUUUAUGCUGACAUUGUACUUUAAGUUCCAACACAUUGUAUCACUACCUCCUCUAAUGGUUAGUAUGAAAUCCCACCAAACUGUAUGCGAGCAUUUUUUGUUUUGUUUUGUUGUUUUUUUAUAAUCACUUUUAGCAUUAGUAUACUCAAUUCUGGAAUACCUUAACAGUUCUGAAUUGUACCCGUCUUAGAAUUGCAGUUGAAUUCUCCUGGUCCAUCCAUCAUCUUUCUUGAAUAAGGCUUGCAAACUUCCAGAAAAGAUAAAUCAACUUUCUUUUCAUAUUCCAAUGUACGUCUUUAACAUUUUAACACAUAAACAGUGACUACUAAUAAGCCUCCCCAGCAUCUUUUCUUGAUAUGAAAAUGUUUAAAGUGUUACUUUUCACCGAAUUCUGUUUUUGUAUAGCUAUCAUUCCAGAUAGCUAUGUACUCCACAGAAUGAACAUUGGUUGUAGUAAUUGAUUAUCAUGUCCUCAGAUUAGAGUCAUUCCAGAUGACUGUAAUUUUGUGGUUAAGAGGUGAGGUAUGUAAGAAAUCAUUUUUCAGGAUGUGAGAAUUUCAUAAACCUGCAUCAUCUCUGAAACCUGAAGAUGGAUGGGAAAUACAGCCUUUCUUUCUUAGUUCUUUAGUUUUCAUGGUCUUAUGGAACCGUUUGGACAGGUUAACAUGGGUGGAGUGUGAUACUAAUGAGACUAAGGAUUUGAGUCUCUGAUCCUUUUAAGUUCAUUAACUUUUCACAUGCACGAAGUCAUUCCAUGGCUUCAGAUUGCACUUUCCCUUCAGUAUCCAUCUAAUAAAUUCAGUGUGUGAUCACAAAGAAUGUGGUGUGCAUAGUUUACUUCUCAAAGAGAAAUAGAAUGAUUGAUUUGUAUAAUAGUAUAGAUUUCCAGUUUUGAGGGGAACAUAUUCAAAAUAAGAUCUAAUAUACCUUAUAAUUUUUAGUUGCACAGUAUCAAAUAAUGUGGUGAGAUUAUUGACUAACCAGUGUCUUUGAAAAAAAUCGAAGUUCAAUUAAAUGAAGUAUCAAUAAAAAUUGAGUAAGAAACAGUG